AUGAGAAAUAGCACUGUAGUGAGGGAAUUCAUACUCUUGGGCUUUACCGACAACCAUCGACUUGAAAUCUUGCUUGGUCUCCUAUUGUUCAGCAUAUAUCUUUUGACAAUCGUAGGAAAUCUGCUGAUUAUUAUAAUCACACUGGUGAAUCAUCAGCUCCACACCCCGAUGUAUUUCUUCCUUCGACAUGUUGCAUUUGUUGAGAUUGGGUAUACCAGUGCCACCAUCCCAAAAGCGCUGGUCAACAUGGCCACUGGCCAUAAGACCAUCUCUUUACCUGGUUGCUUCCUGCAGGUCUAUUUGUAUUUUGUCCUGGGAACCAUAGAAUUCUUUCUGCUGGCAGCCAUGUCGAUCGACAGAUAUGUGGCCAUCUGCAACCCUCUACACUAUCCAACCAUAAUGAAAGGUCAAAUCUGCUCAUUGAUGGCAUUUUGUUCUUGGAUUGGGGGAUUAUUACUAAUUACAGGUCCAGCAAUUGCAUUUUUUCAUAUCCCGUUUUGUGGCCCAAACACCAUCAAUCACUUUUUCUGUGACAAUGGACCACUGAUCAAACUUGCGUGCGUUGACACAAGUCUGUUGGAACUCAUUGAUUCCCUCAUUGCUAUACUCUCGCUCCUUGGGACCCUGGCUGUAAACUUAGUGUCCUAUGUCAAAAUUAUUUCCACCAUCUUGCGCAUCCCAUCAACUACAGGGAGGCAGAAGGCCUUCUCCACCUGUGCUUCCCACAUCACUGUUGUUUCCAUCACUUAUGGCAGCUGUAUUUUCAUGUACAUAAAACCCAAAGGCACCAAUGAAUUAGACUUCAGUAAGGUGGUGGCUGUUCUUAACACUGUUGUUGCCCCUCUUCUGAUCCCAUUCAUAUACUGCUUGAGGAACAAACAGGUUCAGGAUGCCCUAAGAGCUGUGUUUAGACAGUGUGUUGGGCUUUGGAAGAAUUCAAGAUGA